AUGACCGAGAAGCAACCAGAGUCCUCAACAACGGUGGAAUGGCUCAGCGACGCUCAAGAUGCCACCGUCCGCGAGCAGUCCAUGGGCAUCCGCCGCGCUCUCAAGCGGUAUCCCAAAGCCGCAUUCUGGAGCCUCGCAAUGUCCACCACAAUCAUCAUAGAAGGAUACGACACUAUGCUUAUUGGUAACCUUUUUGCCCAGCCGGCUUUUAAGAAGCACUACGGCCAGAGAACUGCGAAGGGCACCUACCAAAUACCGGCGCCGUGGCAGGCUGGCUUGAAGAACGGCGCUGACUGUGGUUGUAUUGUUGGGCUUUUGCUUUCUGGGUAUAUCAGCGAAAGACUUGGAUUUCGAAAAACGAUGCUCGGUGGUCUUGCUCUGAUUAGCGCUUUUAUCUUCAUCCAAUUCUUCGCGCCGAGUAUUGAGGUUUUGCUUGUUGCGCAGAUUCUAUUCGGAAUUCCCCUUGGCCUAUUCCAAACUCUGCCCAUUGUGUACGCUGCAGAGAUUGCACCGGUCUCAUUAAGACCCUACUUGACCAACUACGUCAACAUCUGCUGGGGCAUUGGGCAUGUCAUCGGCUCCGGUAUCCUCCGCGGUUCCCUCCAGAUUGAGGGCCAAUGGGCCUACAGAAUGGAUCUGGCCCUCCAUCCUCAUCCCCCUCCUCUUCUUCGCCCCCGAGAACCCCCGCUGGCUCGUCCGCCGCGGCCGCCUCGCCGAAGCGAAAAAGUCCUCGUGCGAAUCUCUUCCCGCGAAGAAACGGACGUCGAUCACGACAAGAGCAUCGCUCUCAUGGUCGUUACCACCGAGCACGAGCGACAUGUCAACGCCACGACGACUUAUGCGGCGUGCUUUCGCGGGCUUGACCGCAAACGCACGUUGAUAGCCAUGGGUGUGUACGGCGUUCAGGUUUUGAGCGGCAACCCACUGCGCGGCUCGCUGGCGUACCUUUUGGAGCAGACCGGUCUAGGAAGUAAGCAGGCCUUUGAUAUGACCAAUGUGGACAACGCCUUGGCUCUUUUCUCCGGGUUUCUAUCGUGGGCUCUCCUCCCAUUCUUCGGUCGCCGCUCUACAUACCUCUGGACACUCGUCAUGAUAUUAGUCACCUUAAUACUCGUCGGCGCCCUCGGCGUUCCGCCAGGGCACUCCUCCGACAAGGCCUACUCCUGGACCAUCGCCGCCAUCCUCAUCAUUUCCUCCUUCCUCUACCACCUCGGAAUCGGACCCCUCACCAACACAAUCUGCUCCGAAAUCCCUUCCAGCCUACUAAGGAGUAAGACGGUGGUUCUCGCAAGAGGGGCGUACACGGUGUUGACGAUUUGCGCGAAUGCAUUUACCCCGUAUCAGUUGAAUCCUACGGCGUGGAAUUGGGGCGCUAAGACGGGGUUCUUUUGGGCGGGUGGAUGUCUCAUGUCGAUUGUGUUUACGUAUCUUUGCGUGCCGGAGACGAAGAUGAGGACGGCGGCGGAGGUGGAUGUUUUGUUUGAGCAGAGGAUCUCUUUGAGACGGUUUGCACAGACAAAGGUUGAUUUGGUGGAGGCGAUUGGGGGGGAGGAGAUUGUGGUUAAGCGAUGA